CAGUCCAGUAUUUUGUCAAGUUUGGAAAGUUAGAUUUUAUCCUAUUUUGUUCACAGAGAGCCACGUGUCAGCCAAUCCCAUUUGUGUGGCCUUAAGGAAUUCAUCACCACACCACAUGUUUUGUCAAUUACACCCCCGAGCUCAAGGCUCUUGCUUUUUAUAACCAAUCCCACAGAUACAACUAGCUCUACAUCUGCUGCUUUAUUGCAUUAAAUUUGACACAGCUAUCAGUACCAUUUUGAUCCAUGGCUGCCACAGUCUCAAGUGUUGGAACUGUUAACAGAACACCGAUGAGCUUGAACAGCUCUGGUUCUGGAAGCUCAAUCCCAAGCUCAGCUUUCUUGGGCAGCAGUUUGAAGAAAGUCAGCUCUAGAGUCCCCUACCAGAAGAUUGUAUCUGCAGGUAAAUUAAAAAUUACUGCGGAAAUUGGUGAUGAGGAGAAGCAGACCAAAGAGGACAGGUGGAGGGGCCUUGCCUAUGAUAUUUCUGAUGACCAACAAGACAUAACAAGAGGAAAGGGAUUGGUUGAUUCUAUCUUCCAAGCUCCCCAGGGGUCUGGGACUCACUAUGCUGUCAUGAGCUCGUAUGAAUACAUUAGCACGGGACUUCGAGAAUACAACUAUGACAACACCAUGGAUGGGUUUUAUAUUGCUCCAGCUUUCAUGGACAAGCUUGUGGUUCAUAUCACCAAAAACUUCAUGAGCCUGCCUAACAUUAAGGUUCCUCUCAUUCUUGGUAUAUGGGGAGGCAAAGGUCAGGGUAAAUCGUUCCAAUGUGAGCUUGUGUUUGCCAAGAUGGGAAUUACCCCUAUCAUGAUGAGUGCUGGAGAAUUAGAAAGCGGGAAUGCAGGAGAGCCUGCAAAGUUGAUCAGACAAAGGUACCGCGAGGCUGCAGACAUCAUCAGGAAAGGAAAAAUGUGUGCCCUCUUCAUCAAUGAUCUUGAUGCAGGUGCUGGUAGGAUGGGUGGAACUACACAGUACACUGUGAACAACCAGAUGGUGAAUGCUACUCUCAUGAACAUUGCUGAUAACCCAACAAAUGUGCAGCUUCCUGGUAUGUAUAACAAGGAGGACAAUCCCAGAGUCCCCAUUAUAGUCACCGGUAACGAUUUCUCCACAUUGUAUGCUCCUCUCAUUCGUGACGGUCGUAUGGAGAAAUUUUACUGGGCUCCCACUAGGGAAGACCGGAUUGGGGUUUGCACGGGAAUCUUCAAGCCUGACAAUGUUAGUGCGGAUGAUGUUGUUAAGAUUGUUGACACAUUCCCUGGUCAAUCUAUUGACUUCUUUGGUGCUCUAAGGGCUCGAGUUUACGAUGAUGAAGUGAGGAAGUGGGUAUCAGGUGUUGGGGUAGAUGGCAUUGGGAAGAAGCUUGUGAACUCAAAAGAAGGUCCCCCAACUUUUGAACAGCCUAAAAUGACAGUGGAGAAGCUCCUUCACUAUGGUCAAAUGCUGGUUCAGGAGCAGGACAAUGUGAAGAGAGUUCAACUGGCUGACAAGUACUUGAGUGAUGCAGCCCUUGGAGAUGCAAACCAGGACGCCAUUAAGAGAGGAGAAUUCUAUGGCAAGGCAGCCCAACAAAUUAAAGUACCUGUCCCUGAAGGCUGUACUGAUCCAUCAGCUGCAAACUUUGACCCAACAGCUAGGAGUGACAAUGGUAGUUGCCAAUAUGAGUAAAUGGGGAGUUGGAAGAAAUAAUGAUAUUGCCUGCUUGCUGGGUUCUUAUCUUCUGUUAUAAUAUACACUUGUAUUUUAUUGGGGAUUAAUGCCUUGUUUUUAUUUAAUGAUUAAAUUAGCUAUUAAUGCUAUAUUAUUUAUUCUCCCUCA